AUGUCCAAUUUUAGUUGUGCUGAUACUAUUUAUGUUUUAUACGGCUCUCAAACUGGCCAAGCUCAAACGAUAGCCGAAGAUAUCUAUCAGCAAUGCCUUGAUCGUCAUUUCGACUCCAAGUUGCUUUGCUUAGAUCAACAUGAUAAAAAGUUUAAUAUCACUCAAGUCAAGAAAGCAGUAUUCGUCAUAUCGACAACCGGUGAUGGAGAUCCUCCGGAUAAUGCUGGCAAAUUUAUCCGUAAACUUAAGCGUAAAAGUGUACCUAAGGAUCAUUUAUCCAACCUAUCUUAUGCACUAUUGGGCCUUGGAGAUACUAAUUACAACAAUUUUUGUAACUGCGGUAAAACGCUGAAUGGCCUGCUGGAAACGUUAGGAGCAAGCAGUUUUUAUCCAAUCGGAUGCGCCGAUGAUGCAGUUGGGUUGGAGAUUGUUGUAGAGCCGUGGAAAGACGGAUUAUGGGAUGCUUUACAGAAAGUAUUGCAAUUACGUACCAAUAAUACGGAAAUUAAGUUUCUCAUCUUAUGUAUAGAAAGUAAUAAAAGGAAUGAGCUGCAAUGGGAUAAUGUAAAUAUAUCGACGACUGGUUCUAAUGAUGCCAUAUCACCAAUAAGUAUGGAUAAUCAAGUUAAAGCAAGUGAAAUCCUAUCGGGCAGUAGUAAUAUUUCUAAUACUGAAGAGACAUAUGCCACAGGUAGUCCUAAGGACUCCUUAAAUAACACGAUUGACCGACUUUCCGAAAAUACGGAAUCAAUGAAAAUUGCACCAGAACAGCUUCUGGAACAAAACGCUAAAGAGCUUUUAGCUGGUAUGCAUGAAGUUAUCCAGCUAGAAUCAAAACUGAAAGAGUAUGAUGCGACAUUUCCUGAAGCGAAAUAUUUGACUGCUGAAAAUGCCAUAAAGAAAGUUUUAGAAUUAGUUCUCUGUCAAAACGAUGAAAGCAUAGAUUUUUUACCGGGAGAUUCCAUUAAUGUAUUCUGCCCUAAUAAUGAAGAAGAAGUAAACUGGAUUAUUUCAAGGUUGGGUCUUAUCGACAUACGUAAUAGGACAUUUACUUUACGGGUUAUGUCGGAAACUAAGAAACGACUUCCAAAGAUUCCUGAUCAUAUUCCCAAAGAUUGUACUAUAAAAGAAGCUUUAAUGUUUCACUGCGAUAUACGAAGCAUACCUAAAAAGGCUACUUUACGUAUGUUAGCAGAGUAUACGGAAAAUCAAAACGAGAGGAAAAGAUUACUCCAAUUAUCUAGUCGCGAAGGAGGAAACGAUUACACCAAUUUAAUAUGCAAUUCUUCUAUCUCUUUUCUGGAUAUUUUGGCCACGUUUCCGUCUUGUAGGCCACCAUUUAUUAAAGUAAUAGUAGAACUGCUACCACGGCUGCAGCCCCGCCCAUACUCUAUCGUCAACUCCCCAAUCGAGGGUAAGAAAAUCAUGAAAGUUGCGUUUACUAUUGUACAGUUACCUCCUUCUAUCGCUACAAGGGGGCUAAGGGAAGGUUUGUGUUCUGGAUGGCUUCAGUCUAUAACGAAACAUCUGCAUUCACCACAGCUAUCGCAUGGCAAUAAUGUUGGAACAGUAAAGAUUGGAAUCAGUAGCCGAAGGAAUCAAAAUUUUAACUUGCCCAAUGAUAAGAGCAUUCCUUUAAUUAUGAUUGGUGCUGGUACUGGGAUAUCGCCAUAUGUCGGAUUUUUGGAGCACAGGUGGUUAAUAGAGAAUGACAUGGCACAAACAGCUCAUUAUGGCUCUUGGUUAUUAUUUUACGGUUGCAGACAUAAAGAUCGAGAUUAUUUAUACAAAAAUGACAUAAAUACAUAUCUUCAUAGAAAGAUACUAACACAUCACUAUGUAGCAUUUUCGCGAGAAGUGCAAGAAAAUUUAAGCGAGAAGUUUCCAAGAUAUGUUCAAGAAUGCCUUUGGCAACAAUCUGAUAAAGUCGUGAAGCUUCUAUUGGAAGAAUCGGCAUUAGUAUAUGUCUGCGGUGAUGCCCAAGGAAUGGCCAAGGAUGUUAUGAAUACGAUUAUCGAUUUAAUCGAACGUAAUAAAGGUAUAUCUAAGGAGGAGGCUUCAAAGAUAGUAUUAACGAUGAUGAAAGAAAAGCGCUAUCGUCAAGAUAUUUGGGCGUAG